AUGGCACACCAAGCAGACGCUCUUCCCUGGAAAGAUUUCGCAAGCAUUUUCGAUUUUGCCUACCGCAGCAAAAGGCAUCAUGGAGAGACAAAUCUGUUCGCGCGACAAAGAACAUCAGUACAAGUCAGACAGUUGUAUUCCUUUGUCAGCGCUUUUGUACGCAUACUGGAAGAGCACACCGACAAGGAGAUGUCCAUGUAUGUGGAUGUAGAACAAGACGAUGAAGUCAUAUCAGAGUCAACGGCUAGGAACAUCCAGCAUUUAGUACAACCUACAAACCCAGUGUUCAGCGUCGAGGGCAGGAAGAUAUCGUUCUGGACAGAUCGUGUGGGGACUGCGAAUUCACGGGAAGAUAAAACGGGGACGUUCACGGCGCUGUUGCUGCAGGACGAAAUGGAUGCUCUAUUCUCGAUCAGGGCAGAACCUCCCAUACAAUUAUGUCUCAAACGAGGUCGCUGCUCACAUUCGUGUACGAAGUUCGGACUGCCAGAGCUGGUGGAUACAGCGAUGAUGGCAUAUAUCUGUCUGAAUAUGCUGUUUCAAAAAACUGAAUUGCAUGAUGCAGAAACACGAGCGAAUUAUAUACAAUCUGGGAAAUCAGGGGAUUCUCUUAUCAUGGAUGAAAACGUCCUGGACUAUCGUUCAACUCGCGGAUAUCAAAAAAUGCUAUUCGAAUGUACCCAAAGCAAAACUAUUUGUGGUGCGGUUAUUCAUACAAUUCCACACCGACAAUUCUAUGGGUAUCAAGACUGUUCAUAUACUACAGAGGAAGAAUUCGGAUUCCUCACACUCCCAGCGUUAAUCUCUCGCUUUACUCGCGGCAUAUACCAACCAGACAGUCAUGAUGUUGCUAUUGUUAUAUACAUCCUCCAACAGAUGGGCCUCCCCACAGAACUCAUCCUUAUUAUCCUUGAGUUGGCGGAAUAUGCACCCAAGGGUAGUAUCCCGAUUCCGCAUGACCCCUUACACAAGAAAAAUUUGCCAGAGUUGCAGAAAUAUUUAGAUUACUGCUGGCAGCUCCUCGUCAGAACCAACAUGCUAGUCAAAUAUCGAGACAAUGACUGGGAAGGGCGGGUCCUAGAAUGCAUUUGGAAGUUGUUCGGGGUAGAGCAUCCAAGACAUUUUCUCCGCUCAAGGGCGAACAGGCCUUGA